UGGAAUGACCGAGCUGACCAGCUGCAUCGCAUGUUCAACACAUCUGGAUGACUUGAAGAGUGUUGGCAAGCCUGCUCCUUUCUUUGAAAUGAAAGUUGUUGACUUCUGCACACGUCAACCUCUAGGACCAAAUCAGCAAGGAGAAGUUUGCGUGAAGGGUCCCGCCGCCUUCAAGGCCUAUUGGAAUCAACCGAGUGCGACAUCUGCUGCCUACGAAAACGGCUUCGUCCGCACUGGGGACAAGGGCUACUACACGGCUGACGGCUGCUUCUUCUUAUGCGGUCGGUUCAAGGAACUCAUUAAGUGCAUGGACCAGCAGGUGUCUCCAGCCGAGUUGGAAGAGCUGCUGGCUUCCGACCCCGAGGUGCUACACGUGGUCGUGGCCGGGGUUCCACACUCGCAGUAUGGUGAGGCUGCCCGGGCAUUCGUUGUGCACCAGCGCCGCCUCACGGAUCCUCUCCAACAGCAGAAGGAAGCGGAGAGGUUGAAAGAGGUAGUCGCCGGUCGUUUGGCCUAUCACAAGCAGCUCCACAGUGGCGUUGAGUUCCUGGACAGCAUCCCACGCUCCGAAGUCGGAAAAGAUUUACGCAGUGCACUUAAAAAGGCCUUCACUGAGCGUCUGCAAAAUGCUAACUUGAAAGAAAGUUGA